AUGCGCGGGUCCAGCAUGCAGUCUUCUUCUUCCUCUCUCACCUGUGAAGGCUGUUCCCAGCUAGACACACCCAGACUAUCAACAUCUCCCUCUUCAACAACUCAAGUAUGCGACGAAACCAUCAUUUCUCGAACCUACUAUGCCGCUUGCGAUCUAUUCCACUUGGACUCCGGUUCUACUCCCACAGAUGAUCACAGUAUCAACAAUCCCGUGACGGUCUUCGAUGAAGCAUACCACCUCCACGCUCGAACCGCUCACAUGGGUAUUCUCGAUCCUGCCUACAAGGUCUUUACCAGCCAACAAGGCCUCGGCGCUGUACUCUACAAGCUCCAAGCCCGCACUGCGGUCGUUGCGGGGGACCCCUUAUGCACAACUGAGCAGCGGACACCCCUCCUAAAGGAAUUCGCCGUCUUUCGUAAGGAACAAGGGCUUGGCAUUGCAUUUGUCGGCGCGAGCGAGGACUUUUCCCUGUACGCCCAGCAACAAGGAUGGACAACACUACGCUUUGGUCAUGAGCGAGUCAUCAACCCUCUCACCAACAAAGUGUUGCGGAAUCAAGCAAGCAAGCGCAUGAUCAGCCAAAAUAGAAUGCUUCUCGACCCUAAGAGGGGUGGUACAUCGAUAAAGAUAUACUGCCCCAGUAUCACUGGUGUCGAUGCUUCAUUGGAAUAUCGGCUACAGCAGCUCUACGACGAUUGGCGACUCGAGAGGAACAACAAGUGCGGGAAAGACUUGCAGGCCUUUGUCACUAUUUAUGAUCUCUUUUCAUACCCAGCUUCAACACUAUUUCUUUACACCACUGACAAAGAUGGUUCCAUCACCGGGUUCGCAACUCUAAGGGCACUCGGAGCCCAAAACGGAUUUCAUAUCGACCCAUUUAUCGCCUCCUCUACUGCGCCUCGUGGAAUUACCGAUCUACUCAUCGUCACCGCCAUGCAACUACUCAAACAUGCCGAGAUUGGCUACUUGAGCCUAGGCUUCGAGCCAGCUUCCGAUAUUCGGGAAGUGCAUGGACAGACCAAGUUUGAGUCCUGGGUCUGGAAACAGUGUUACAACCGAGUUAUCAAGUCGGUCCCUGUGACGGGCAAGGCGGCAUUCUUCAACAAAUUCUAUCCUGAGGAUUCACUCAGCUCAGACUUAUUCAUUUGCGUUCCUGGCAGGGGUAUUCCAGUUCGGGGAUCAGUUGCUCUUAUGCAGUUCGCCAACAUGAAUGUGUGGCAACUACUUACUCACAAGAAGGGGAAGCAUAAGGAACCCCAGACUACAUCAUCUUCAUAG